GCACAGAGUUAAACCACAUAGCAAAGUGAGAAAUUUUCUAAAGCUCUCAAAUUUCCACAUUGCUUCACUGCAUUACAUACACUAACAGCAAUUAGCAAUAUUAGUUCACUCUUGAGGAAGACAAACAAUGGGUUCAACUUUCUUCUACACUACUCUUUGUUUCAUCGCGCUUACCAUUGUUGCUUCCUCCGCCGAGGAAUUCAAAGUUGGUGAUGCUGUGGGUUGGCGUCAGCCAAGCCAGAAUGAAACAGAUCUCUAUAAUCAUUGGGCUUCAAACAAGAAAUUUCAUAUCGGUGAUUCACUUCGUUUUGAGUACAGGAAUGACUCGGUUAUUAAAGUGGGCAAAUGGGAAUUUUAUCAUUGCAACAGAACUCAUCUAGCCUCGGCCGGUAAAGACGGCACCAGAACUGUGAAUCUCAACAGGGCCGGCACGUUCUACUUCGUGAGCGGCGAUCCGGAACAUUGUAAAAACGGCCAGCGUUUAGCCGUUGAAGUUCUCCCACUACAUCCAAUUUCGGAAUCUCCACCGCAACCAUUUUCUCAGGCGCCGGCGCCAUCGCCGCUCUCAAUCUCGGCGUCGGUUUCUUCAGCAGUUCCGUUGGCGUUCAUUUCGGCGUUGUUGAUUUCGGUUAUUGUUGUAGCUGUUGCUGGGUUAGCAUGAGCCCCUGUUAUUGUGGUUUUCAUUUUUCUACUUACUAAGAAUAUUUAGGUUAGUUAUUU